AUGACUUCCAGGCUGGCUGUUGCUCUGCUGGCAGCCUGCGUGCUUUCUGCAGCCAUGUGCGAAGCUGCAGUUCUGCCGAGACUAACCACCGAGCUCCGGUGCCAGUGCAUUAACACGCACUCCGCCCCUUUCCACCCCAAGUUUAUCAGAGAACUGACGGUGAUCGAGAGUGGGCCGCACUGUGCAAAUUCAGAAAUCAUUGUAAAGCUCACCAGUGGAAAAAAGGUCUGCCUGGACCCCAAGGAAAAGUGGGUGCAGAAGGUUGUGCAGAUAUUUUUGAAGAGAGCUGAGAAGAAAGAUCCAUGA